AUCUGAAUGGACAAAAUCAGCUUGUUAUUUUGUUAUCCAUGCAAAAUCCAUGAAGUUUGGUUGUUUCAAUCGCAUUCUUUAUAUUUCCACAUUUCAUGCGGUGUCUGAUUUUACGCUUUUCAAAUCCAAUGUCAUCAUCGUCAUCAGAUCACAAGAAUCUUCGAAGCAAUUUUACAGUAGUUUCAAACCCUAAUUGUUCUUGCCGGCAUCUGUCGCAGCUACGUUCGCAUUUAGGGACAAAUCCGUUCGGGAAGCUUCAGGAGUGUCUUCGGAUCCGACCGCUGGGCCGCGCCGCCAUCCGUCGUGAUCCACCGGGCGAGGUCGUACAAUGUAGCUCGUGUGGCCUUUCGCCACCACGGCUAUACGCCUGUGUAUCAUGCGCCACCGUCACUUGCCGCACCCACACGGCUACUCACGUGGCGGAAUCUUCUCAUUAUGUUAUGGUUGAUGUCGACCGCGCUGAACUCUUCUGCUCUGCGUGUGAGGAACAAGUGUAUGAUCGGGACUUCGACGCUGCUGUGGUUGCCGCCCAGACCAACGCCGUUGCGAUGGGGAUUGGAUCGGCCAUCCCGCCUGAGAAUUUUCAUAAGCGCCGCCGCGUGGAUUACAAGUUCUGGACACCGGAUCUCAAGGAGAGGGUCUUAUUGGCGCAGAACUCGAGCCCCUUGCCGCCGAGUCAACCCGGUGACUCACCGAGCCAAGACCGUUCAUCGGUGAGUUUAAUUGAUGGUGAAUCAGAUCUUCCUUGGGGAUUGAGAGGUCUCAACAAUCUGGGAAACACAUGUUUUAUGAACUCCGUGUUGCAAGCGUUGCUUCACACUCCGCCGUUGAGGAAUUUCUUUCUGAGCGAUAAGCACAACCGAUUUUACUGCCAGCGAGAAAAUAAAACCAUUAUUACACGAAAGACUGAACACAGUAACAGUAAGAAUCCGCUGCUGUGUUUGGCGUGUGAUUUGGAUGCAAUGUUUUCGGCAGUGUUCUCGGGGGACCGGAUACCUUAUAGCCCUGCAAAGUUUUUAUACAGGUCCGCAUUUAUGUGUUUUGUGUUUUCACCGAGAUUGUAUAAAUAUUCAAAAUUAGUUUUGACACAAGAAGAACCCUAUGUUGAAAGCCAAGAGACCAAAGAUAAUGAGACUUACUGGAGUGAAGCAGAAGGCAAGCUUGUGUCUUCUGCAAUUGCUGCUAAGUGCCGACAAAAAGGUUACCUGAAAAUUCUUCUUAUCCUAUUAGUCACGACUCUUAAGAAGAUACUAAACUUCUUCAACAAUCAGCAAUAUCGUAACAUGAACAUUUCAAGAUCCGUCCUAUAUAGAGCCAUUAUUUCAGACCACAAGCUUGCCUUCUGCUUCACUCCAGUAAGUCUCAUUAUCUUUGGUAGUGGAGAUUGUUGUAUUGCUCACCGUGUAUUCUCUGGCAUAUUGCGAUCUGAUGUCAUGUGUACAUCCUGUGGUUUUACGUCUACAACAUAUGAUCCAUGUGUAGAUAUCUCAUUGGACCUGGAACCAAAUCAUGGUGGUUCUACGAAAACGGCAUUUACAAAAUCAAAUCGUGCAUCCCAUGAUGAUGCAGAUCCCGAUCAAAACUCAAGCUUGUCAACCUUGAUGGGCUGUCUAGAUCGUUUCACUAGACCCGAGAGAUUAGGGUCUGAGCAAAAGUUCUUCUGUCAAAAUUGUAAAGUGAGGCAGGAAUCGCUUAAGCAGAUGUCCAUAAGAAAGCUUCCUCUCGUUUAUUGUUUUCACAUAAAAAGAUUUGAGCACUCCCCAAUCCGUAAAAUGUCAAGAAAGAUUGACCGCUAUCUACAGUUCCCCUUUUCCUUGGACAUGGCACCGUACCUCUCUUCAUCCAUCUUAAGAAGUCGGUAUGGAAACAGAAUCUUCUCAUUUGACGGGAAUGAGGAAGAUGCUUCUGUUGAUUUCUCUUCAGAGUUUGAGUUGUUUGCUGUCAUAACUCAUGCUGGCAAACUCGAUGCUGGCCAUUACGUGACAUAUUUGAGAUUGAACAACCACUGGUACAAGUGUGAUGAUGCAUGGAUCACUCAAGUUAAUGACAACACUGUGAGGGCUGCCCAAGGAUACAUGAUAUUUUAUGUGCAAAAAACGCUUUACUAUAGAGCAAGCCAACAGACGAGAGAAGCUGGAAGAAAAGAGAAUUGGUGAAGAAAUGCAGGUACACAGAGAUAUAUAGGAUUAUAUAAUUUCCGAACUGGUUGUGUUGUGGAAUAUCUUGUCCAAUUUUUGAGACCCCAAGCUGGCUGAUUCCGCAAGUUUAUCUUGACGGGCAAUAUUCUGAUUCUGGAGGAUAAUUGUACAAAUCUGAGUUUAUAAAGCCCGGUUUCACUUGGAAAUGACGAUUAACCACUGGUUUGGAAACUGAUAUAGUUGGAAUGUUUUUUUCAUUCUGAGCUUGAAAAAGGACUGGUAGGUGACUGGUUGGUACGAGUUCGUAGACUUGUAUUGAUUAUGCAUUUCAGUAAUUUGAUAAAAGAACCAUCUGACCUCAAUUUCGCCAUCUUACCUCAUUUAUGCGUUUAAGAUACGCUUGUGGGUUGUGAAAUGUGAUAUCAUUUGUCUUUUGGGUCUAA